CCGUAUCCGUCCUCGCGUGUACCAGAAGAAGUUUGACUUUUACCUUGUCGGCGGCCUGGUGAGGCCCGUCGAGAUGAUACACCGUCGCUUUCCGAUUUGGAUAGAUCACGUGUUGCCGCAGAUAAUCGGAAGGAAAACCGAAGAUGGAAGUGUAGACUUGGGUAUCUUUUACGACCUUGCAGAAUCGUCGACCACGUCUUUAACCUCGCUAACUACUAGGACAAGUGAUGAUCUCUUUGCCCGGACAUCAAAAGCGGCCUCCGAUGAGCUUUCACCGACUUGUGACUGGAGUAAAGGCUACAGUGGAACUGAGAAAUCAUCAAGGAAACUCGAAGUUCACGUGUCAGUGAACGGGGUCGCGCUACCGCAGCAGCGAUCUCCAGGUACAGUUAACAAAGUCGCGAUUCCCGUGGUGAAUUUGUGGUCAGUCGAUGAACCUGCGCUUCUCGAUGUUGCCGUGGACCUUGUGGGCCGGUGUAGUCACCUGUCAUCUUCUAAGGAAGACAGCAGGGGUGAAGAGCAGGUCCUCUUGCUCGACCAAUGGCGGGAGAAGAUUGGCGUGCGAAUUCUUGAGACGGCGCCAGGUCAAGUCAUUCAUCAGAAUGGCAAGCACCUGCAGCUCAAGGGUGUAAACCGGCACGAUAACUUUUUCCUUGCACUUGACGCUGGAACCUUGCUUGAAGGGCUAUUUUACGUUCGCGAUCUUUUCAAGAUGCUCCACCUGGCAGAAGAGUAUCUUCAGGAGUCUUCAGGUGGCGGUGGUUCGAGAUCUGUCGUGGAAAACGUCGGCAAGGCCAAACCGAUGCGAAACUCCGCACUGGUCGAGAAGAUCAUGACAGCAACAUCAAGGGGCGAAAAAGCAGUACGGGGGAUGCAACAUACAGCUUCCGCUUCUGCACCGGAUGUGUCACCACAGCAAAGCACUGAAAAGUCUCUCUUUCACAACUAUAUUGACGUUACGUUGCACGGCUCGCCCAAAAUUGCUGAGAAUUCUUUGCAUUUGCUCGAAAAACUGGGUCUGCUAGACCCUGUUCUCAACUGUGUUAGCGCAUUGUCAGACAUGGUCGACAAGGAUGAAAAGAGAGGUGAACAACGCGGAAGCACAGACACAAAGGGUCUUCCGAAGGAUUCGAAGCUGCCUAGCGAGAAAGCGAACGCAUGGGCAUCGACACUUUUUGUCUCGGAAGAUACCAGAUGUACUACCGCAGUUGAAUCGAACAAGAUCGAAAAAGCAGGCAUCAAUCCUGAACUUCGAGAUGCGGAAAACGAAGCGCCUCACUCUCUAGUGCGGCACUUCCUGUCCAAUCUUCGGGAUGUCUUGCUCCUGAAAGAUUUGAACAGCAACUUCGUUCGCGGCGCGCACUACACGCAAAGCGACCUCUUUCUCAGUUUAUGCGAUGUUUUUGGCGUACUUGUCUGGGAGGAGACAUUGUCGUGGCAAGCGAAGAGGGAAGACGUAGCUGACGGCCGCUUCCGCGAUGCGCAGCUUCAAGCCAUGGCAUCUACGGUGGUCGCACAUCGCUUACACCCAAGCGUGGCUGUGUGGGGGUUUCUAAACGAGGUCGAUGCGAGAGAAGAUGGCGAUGGCGCUGCGGAAGAUGACACAGAACAACAGCAAGCGAUGGCAGCACAGCUUGGAAAUGAAGAAGCCUCUCAAACAAGAACUCCUACUGGUAGUGUAUCGUCCGAAAGUUUUGGCAGCCCUCGACGCCCUAGUAUUUACGCAGAAGGGCGCGGAACAAACUCCGAUACCGAUCGAGGUACUUUCCGUGAUCCUUUAAUGCUUCGCUCGUUGCUCCCGCGGUCAAGCUUCACUUUUGGACAAGCAUUCUUGGAGUCGGAUAGGAAUGAUCCAGGUGUUGACGGCAAACAACCUCUGACGACUGCAUCUCAAGGCGCACGACAAAGAGAAUCUUCGCAGAAAUUUCUGCGUUCUAACUCAGUGAAUCCAUCUUUUCGGGCUGUCAAGUCCCUUUUUGAGGAGCUUCUACUGGUCAUCGACCAUUUUGACCCGCCAUUGUCCUUCUUGGGGAAAAGCCGUCGAAAUCGUUUCCGCACUUUCGCAUCCCGCUACAAAGAACGAGAUAGCCAACAAAUAUAUGACCUAGUGGACCUGAUUGUGUUUAACGACUACCCAGGCUGGUACGAUCUCUCAACAGACCUGCCCGAGACCGUGAGCAGCUUCAGGCGACUGUCUCUCAUGGGCCACAAUAUCCAAGGUCGCG